CGCCAACAACGGCUGCUUCAGCAGGAGGAGGUGUUGUGGUUGACAAGAACACACAAGCAGGUUCUGCUUUCCUUGGCUCCUUUGCUUGGGUGGUGUUGGUGUCGUUGGUGGUGUUGGUGCAACGAAGACACUGGUUGACUGUGUGUGUGUGUACGGGUGAGCGAGCAAACAGAGUUGUUGAAGACAAUGUCGUCCCAACAACGUAACGUGGCGGAUUGGGAAGUGGAGGAAGUUGUCCUCUUCUUUGUGCAGAAUCGGUUGCAGAACUAUCUUUCGAUUGUUCGCACAAACGCCAUCAACGGAAAGAAGCUCCUCUCCCUUGAUGACAGCGCGCUCGCCGACCUGGGCAUCAGCAAAGCGGAUGAUCGCCAGCGAUUGCUGGAAGAGCUAAGAAAGCGCAGGCGACACGCCUCCUUCACAUACUCGGAGGUGCAAGCAACGCGUGCCGCCCAGGAUGCGCAGGCGGUGAAGGCAGAUGACAUUGUGAUGAAGCUGCGGGGCAUGUUCCCCGACAUUGCCGAGCCAAGCAUUCGGUAUAUCCUCUCGUCGAACAACAACAACGAGGCGGCCGCACUGGACACCCUCCUUGCCCUGCAAGCGCUCGGGCGCGAACCAAGCAGCCACAGCGACGACGACGAUGGCAAUGACGGCCAUCAGGACCAGCACCGUCACCGUGCGGGUGGUGGCGACGUGUUCAGACAACAGCAGCCCGCGAGGGAAACAGUGCGGCGGCAUUCACCGCAGCGGACACGUGUGCAUUCGAGCGACCACGGCGGUUCCACGGCCGGCGAGGGCGACGUGAGCCGAUACGGGAGCCACGUCGAAGGCGCAACCUUGCAGCUGCAGGGCGUUAGUCUUGGUGAAUCCUCCUCGGAUUCGCCCCGCCGGCACGGCACCAUGCGGCGUGGCGAGCGACACGUGUCUUCGUCUGCGCUGCUGUCGUCAUCUGACGUUGAUCCCGCUGUUGUCGACCAUAUGUGCGGCCUCUUCCCGGAGCUGGAACCCGAGCUCAUCGUCCACGCCCUCGAACUUAACGACGAGGACCAGCACGUGCGCCGCCUGUCCAAGCUGUUCCCCGAGCUGUCCUCGGAUGCCAUGCUGCACACCCUGCGCUCAACCGACAACGAUGUCCAGCGCACCGUCAAGCUCCUCUCCGAGCAGGACAGCAGGCCGAUCACGGUUGUGCGCCCUGCUCCCCAGCGCGCUGCGUCCAUCUCCGACGAACUCGCCCGCCCGUCCCCGCGCACACACGCGGCAGACGCCCGCAAGCGCCCAACAUCAGACUACAGCGGGCUCCGCCGCCACAGCCUGCGUCGCGCCUCGCUGAUGCUUCGGGAAACAGCGAAAGAAAUUUUGCUGCACAACCGCUGGCAGGACCGACCGGACGUUAAGUCCGCUGGGCUCCUCCAGUCGCUGCCAAAACAGGAAAUCAAACGACAGGAGGCCAUCUGGGAGAUUGCCGUUUCUGAAGAAGCGUAUCUGAAGGACGUGCACACACUGCAAGAGCUCGUGCUCAAGCCAAUGCAGGAGCUGUUUCGUCGAUCACGGAAACCGCAGCGCGACCCGACAACCUCCAACCUCAACUUGCGCUCGACGUCUGCGAUGCUGCGGACGGUGGAGAAACUGCACAGUCAGGGGAGCGCGUUCCUGUCGCAACUUCGCAUGAAGCAGGCAACCAUGAUGCAGGUGGACAGCAUCUCCGAUGUGAUUCUGGACAACAUUGCCGACACGCUGCGGGUGUUUGCCGGCUACUGCAGCGUGUGCUUUCGUCUCCAGCGCGUCAACGAGAUGAACCACAAGGAGCUCAAGGCCCUCUUCGAACAGGCUGCGAAGCACCCCAUGGCACGCUGUCUUCCGAUUGACGCCUUCAUUCUCGCGCCCAUCCAGCGCCUGGCCCGCUACCCACUCCUCGUGCAAGCGGUGCUGGCGCACACACCGGCAGACCACCCCGAGCAUGGGCAGCUUGAGGAAGCGCACCAGCAGUUGACGGAGUGCGUGCAGGCAUGCAACGCGCGGCUUCGCAGUCUGGAGGACUUUGCGCUGUUGGAGAAGCUCGACCAGCAGAUGGACUACAACCGCUUGCAGCACCACACCACGCUUGUGCAGCGGAACCGAGCGCUGCUGCGUCGCGGCACAGUGAAGUUCCUUCGGUUGCAAAAAGGGAAGAUUGCCAAGAGCAAGUCUGUCGAAUGCUUUCUGUUCACGGACUUGCUCAUGUACGCAAAGCCCGUGCGGGCGAAGAAGAAGGUGACCUACAUCGUGUACAAACAGGUGCAUCGGAGUCUGGUUGACGCGAAGCCUGCGGAGGAGUGCGGGGACCUCUUCCCCGGUGUUGUCACGCUGUCGUCCUCAGACAAGGAGUGCAUGUUUGUGCUGGUGCUCUACGGGCAGCAGCCGCUCACCCUCCUUGCAAAGGCGCCGUCACCAACAGACAGACAACGGUGGCUCGAAGUGCUCAAUCCGCCAAAGGAAUCAAACGAAUAUGCAGAGUGGAACUGCCCACGUGCGCGUGUCAUCAGAGAUUACGACGCAAAGCAGAAGGACGAGCUGACGCUUCGUGUUGGCGAUGUGCUCAACAUCAUCGUGCGCAACCAGGACGGAUUCUCAAAGGGCGCAAUCGUCAGCACCGUCACCCAGACAAACCGCCAGACACGUGGAUGGUUCCCCGUGACGCAUGUGAAGGAGAUUGUGAGCCAGCACUCCGAGGCGAAGGUGUUCAAGGCCAAUUUCAACGCAAAGGCCGCCAGGUCAAGCUUACCAAAGUGA